AUGAAGAUUAAACUCCUUUUCCUCGUUGCAGCUCUUGCGGCCUUGGCCAUUGCAAGCGCGUCUGAGCACUUGUUCUCGGGGAUAGUCGUGGUCAAGAACGACACAAAGCCUACUGCUCGAAGGGUACCAGGACUGUUCGACAGACUCAAAAUUAGAACGGACGGUUCACCCGACGACACCCCCCCUCCUGACCCUCCUUUGGAAGUGGUCAAUGGAUGGGACAAGAACGACAUCGCGGCUCAGCCAGAGGCAGAUGCCAAAGCUGUCAAAGGACAUUUUGCGACCUGCCUCCUCAAAGCAACCGAUGAGGAAGCGGGAAAGGCCUGGCCCGACCCAUAUAAACGGACGCCAAAGUCAGCGCGCAGUCCAUUCAAGCCCACUCAACAUUGGUUCUGGCAUGAGGCAAGCUACGACCAGAACGGCGCAUGCGACUUCACAGACGCCACUAGAACGCACACAGACCAUCUCCAAAAGUCACUCAGUGCCCUGGGACUGAGCUACAUGCCAAAAACAAUGGGCGGCGAUAUCGUCUGCUAUUCGAUCGAGCACUCCGACGAGCACGCUGAGGACGAAGACGGCUACCCGACGCCAUACCAGGACCAACACUACUCAGUCAACGGCGAGAAAUUCGGCGCCACAGGAGCAUGGUACCGCUUCGGCAUCGACCAAAAAGGCGGAGCCAUCCACGGCCUCAGCCACGAAGCCCCCGCCUUCACCGCCGCCGACAACUGGGGCCGCCGCCCGCACGCCAACGAACUCCCGCACCUGGGCAAAGCAUCCGACAUCAUGUUCUUCUACUGGGCGCGCGCCAACCCCAACGUCCGGAAUCUGCGCUACUACUUCAACGUAUACGUGAUCAACCACGAGACGAAUCCGCUCAUUGCGAAGAUCAUACACGACGAUCCGCAGCUCGAUGACCUCCCGGACUGGCCGGGUGUCAAGUUCCACGAGGGGAGUAGAGAGUUUAAUAUGCUGCUGGGUACGUAG